AACAACAACAACAACAACAACAACAGCAGCAGCAGCAGCAGCAGCAACAACAGCAGCAGCUAACGACUUGUUCGAUCCAACAGCUCUCAACCAGCUCAUCCAGGAAUAUCAGCAGGAACAGCUGCAGCACUUUCUACUCCCGCACACGUUUCCACCCUACUUGCAACCACCCCCAACGUUCGGUAUGAGCAACGGCCCACCACCAGUCAUGCCCACAACAGCCGGCGUCAUGGGCUCAGCCGAGACGAAGGCUGGCCCUGAUCAACCGCGCGACAAGGCCAGUCCCGCCGUCACCACGGGUGUUGUUUCCACCAUUCCUGGCACUGCGGGUGUUGUGAGCAGACGCAAACCCAAGAAUGGCUCAGGCAUGGACAUGGCCAUACCAUCGACACACCCAGGCCUAUCUGCUGUCACGCUUGCGCCUGGCCUUCCCCUCGGCAUGCCUGCCAUGGCUGCGACAUCGGCAACCAUGCCACCUCUGCCACACUUCACAGCCGCUUCAUCCGACCCAUCCGUGUCCAUGAUGAUGGACCCACGCGCCCAGUUCAACCCAGCAUACGCCGCCUCCCUUUACAACCCAAUGCUCAGGCAACAGGCUGCCAUGCUCCAACAACAGCAGCAGCAACUGCAGCAGAUUCAACAUCUGCAACAGCAGCAGCAACUCCAACAACAACAACAACAACAACAACAACAACAACAACAACAACAGCCAAUGUCGCAACCACUUUCCAAGUCGCAGCCCGUGCAGCAGAAGAUGUCCGCCGCACGUAUCUCCCAGAAACAGCAACAGAAACAGCAGCGACUCCAACAACAGUCUGUGGCAGCAACCACGCCAAAACCAACGACCGUCUCCAAGCCUGCCCCAGCGACCAAGAUGCCCAACCUGCAACCUCAACAGCAGGCUUCAAAGCGCGCCAAACUCGAGCCAGGCGCACCUUCUCGCGCGUCAUCGGCCGAGCACCCCGCCCUGUCUGGCAAGCCGUCCGCUGCUGCACCAGAGGGUGUUACUCGCCUCUCGCCACGGGACAAGCAGGAGAUCAUCGCGAUGGCUUCCGCAUCUGCGGCGCUCAACGCGUCCAAUUACGCCACUAGUGUGUGCCAGAAGCUGUUGACAGAGAUGUCGUCUCGCCUUGCUCGAGCAGCCGCCACGAGCAGUGGAGACAGCAACGAUGCCAGCACCCAGGCACUUGGUCUCGCCGGCCAAAUCAUUCGCUUGAACGUGGGCGGCACGGUGUUUGCCACCACACAGUCCACCCUCAACCGUGUUCCCGGCAGUCUUCUCUCCCUCAUCGCCAUUCCCAAUGCACCUGUUGCGCGCGAUCCGGAGGGAAACCCCUUCCUCGACCGAAACCCGCGGUGGUUCCAGCUCAUUCUGGACGCUCUUCGCGAGCCAAACUACCCACCCAACCUCCCACUCGGCAACCCGCACUUCCAGCGCGAACUCGAGUACUACGGUCUCCUCCACGUGUUUGUGGCGCCAGAACAGUAUUGCAUCACGCCGCUUGCUCUCGCCGGGCCCACCCACCCGCUCAAACCGCAACGCGAGCACAAGCAGCUCACCCACGGCAACGGCGACAGCAAUACCAACAGCAACAGCGAUGCCGACGGUGCCACGCGUGCACUGGAGGCGGGCCCAAGCUCUGCUGCGUCAACCGACGAUGACGUGCAGGAAAUCACUUCAACGGCACUGGCCAAGGUGGGCGCACCGUCCACUCACAGCGGCAGCAACUCGCUCGUGCGGGCAUCACCAAGCAUCGCCCCUUCAACACGCACGACAGCAGUGGGCGGCUUGACCGGCAGCGACGCGUCCCUGGAGAAGCUGGUUGUGGUUGGUGGCUUUGACGACACAGCACCCUAUAAGUACCUGCGCACGGCCGAGGCGUACAACCCCGACACAGACGAGUGGGAGCCGCUCAGCGACAUGUUCUGGGACCGCUCGCACUCUGGCGUGCUCACACACGGCCACAACCUGUAUGUGCUUGGCGGCCGCAACGAGCGCCCCGAUGGCGUGGUUGGCAACUUCAACGCGUCGCGGCAGACGUGGCAGGAGGCUGUCGACAUGCUGCUGCCCGUGUCCGUGUUUGCGGCCGGGUUUGCCGUCGUGCGCGGGAAGAUGUUGCUGAUUGGCGGCUGUUACGAGGCUGGCAGCGACGGGAAGGCGGAGCGCGUGUCGAACCGCGUGUUCGAGUACCCUCUCGACCCUGCCCGCCACUUCUCGUCCAACAUCAAGGCGCAGUGGACGCAGGCGUCGGCCAACCUGUCCACCGCCCGCGGCCGCCACCAGUGCGCCGUGCUGCGCGGAAAGGUGUAUGCGAUUGGGGGCGUCGACGCGUUUGGGCAGGUGCUCAGCAGCGUGGAGCGGUACGAUGCAGCCACGGACAAGUGGGUGGAGGUUGCACCCCUGCCGCUGCCGCGCCGCGACUUUGGGUGUACGGUUGCUGAUGGCUGCAUCUUUGUGAUUGGUGGCGCCGACACGAGGGUCGGCCAGCGGUCCGGGCCCGUGUGUCUCAACACGGUGUUCUGCUACACGCCGGCGACCAACACGUGGGAAGAGCUGCCCUCCAUGCAGCACUCGCGCCAGGGCCUCACGUGCUCGCUGCUUGGUGGAAAGAUUUAUGCCAUUGGCGGCAGCCAGACGGAUGAGUCACACAAGGGGCACACCGCCAACAGGCUCAAGGUUGUGGAGCGUUUUGACAUCAACACGCAGACGUGGGAGCCUGUGGCAGACAUGACGGCCCGCCGCGCCUACCCAGGCUCCGGUGUUGUUCAGUCCAUGGGCGCAUGAUGCCGGUGAUGAUGAUGAUGAUGAUGAUGAUGAUGAUGAUGAUGAUGAUGAUGAUGAUGAUGAUGAUAAAAGUGGUUUUUGUCUGUGGUGGUGCUGUCGAUGAUGUUGGUGGUGAUGAUUCAGCCGUGAUUUAUCUCUCUGACGUGACACGUGCAAAGGAACACAAUUCUACAACUGGUUUACGCCCUGAUUGCCAGGCUGUAUUUGCUCCCCUCUCCCCUUGUGCAUCACCAAGUUAUUCUCGCAUUCUGACGUGGUGCUUGCAGCCACCGAGUGGGUAUGUGCCCCUUUUCAUAUUCAUGUUUCUCUCCUCCUCCUUCCCCCAUUGCGUGUUCAGUUGAGCCAUUCAGUCUUGUGGCUUGUUUAUGUGUGUGCCGUGCAACAGCUGAACUGUUUGCGGAGAGACUGCGUUUGUAACACCAUCACGAUUACAUUCCACAUAUAACGAGCAACUUGCGGCCAGAACGUGUUGAAACCUUCCUUGUGGUGAGGGUUGUGACAAUCGAAGCCCAGUGCAGGCCAAGCAAGCACGGACAUGUGAUGUGAUGCACACGCUGCUGUGCGUUUCGUGCACACAACAGUACAGGG